AACAGCGGGUAAUGUCUUCACAGGCUGACUGACAGACGUGGGGUUGUCUCUCGUUUUCUCUGUUCUGGUAACCUACAUUUCACUUGGAAAACUCCUGAGGAGCUUCAGCCCUGCCUGACAGCUUCCUCCUCGUGCUCUUCCUCGGCUCAGGUGCCUACACGGGGGAGGCGAAAUCGCUGCACUCCUCCCAAACUUUCAAAAGUCUCUCCAGCUCCCCCUCCCCGAUGGGAGGAGAGAAAAGGAGAGGGAGGAAAGGAAGCUGCCAGGCACCCGCACCACAGACCGGGGCACAGCUCUCCCGACUCCAUGUCCGUGGAAUGUCCGCGCAACAGGAGAAGGAGCCGUGUAAGAGAGCGAGAGGUGAUGAUGGUGUUUUGGACGGUAUAAUAAGACCAGGAUUACAAGGAAGCCCCGAAAAGAAGAAAAGAAAGUCUAGUCUACAGGCACCUGUGACUCCACUUAUUUCUGAAUAUGCUCCACCAGCAAACACAAGCUCAGAUCAUUUAAUAGCUUCCAAUCCUUUUGAUGAUGACUACAAUAUUUCAUCUUCUGCGGGGUACCAUUUUUUUGGUAAUCCUGGAUACGCUGGAUUUGAGGAUUAUGGUAAUUUAAGGAUACCACAAAACACAUCGCCUAGAACAUCCACUCGAUUCUGUACUCCAUAUGCCUUCAGAGAUCAUGUACGUCAUUUUCCUCAGGAUGUUAUGGCUAUGGCAUUUGGAAGACCUUCCUCUUUUAGUAUGGGAAUACAGGAAAAUUCAAACUUUGAAAACCAAUUAUAUUUUAGUGCAGGAGUUGGUCAGACUAUCACAAUGCCAGGUCAGCACAUUAGAUGUAAUCGUAAUGAGAACCUUAACCCCAUGACAACAUAUAACUCUUUUCAGUCAAAUUCUGGUAGAGGCCCUGGUCACAAUUUGAAUAUUAUCCAGCAGCUGGAAACAAGCCAUACUUUUCCUCAGUUACAAAGUCACCUUAUGCACUUAAAGACCACAGUAUUGGCUCGAAAUCCUAACUUAACCUCUGCUUUUCAACACAACAAACAGGAUUCUGAGUCAGUCAUACAUUCUGGUCCUUCUAAAAGUCAUAAAAGCAAUGGGAUUUCUACAGAUAAUUCCCAUUCUGAUUGUGCUGAUGUUAAUGGUGGUCAGACUGCAGGAAACCAUAGCAGGUUUCAUGUACCAAAGCCAUCAAAAGCUGAUGUAGCAUCCAGUGAGAAAUGCAACAAAUGGCUUCUUCAUUCUUCUCACGGUGGCCAGUUGCCUUCAGAGUUUUUGUACUCCUGUGGAAUUUGUUCUGUAGAAGUGAGGAACCUUCAAGAUGCCAUCAUGUGUGAAGUGUCUUGUCAGAAAUGGUUUCACAGAAGCUGCACAGGGAUGACUGAGAUGGCCUAUGCUCUUCUUGCUGCAGAAACCUCAGCAAUUUGGGGUUGCGACUCCUGUAUGGCAAAGAAGGAUGUACAGCUGGUGCACACCAGGAAAUCCAUUGGAUAGUUCCUGAUAAGCUUUGUCUUUUUUGUUUUUUUGGGUGAAUGUACAAAACAAGAUAGCGUAGAAGAAAUGUUAACUGUAAGCUAACAGUCUUCGCAGUUAUUUCACGUCAUCCUCAUUUGCUUAUUGUGGGCUAUUUAUACAUGGAAAUGUACUGUAUUUAAAGGAAAAGUAAACCCUAAAAAUUAAUGUGGCUAAACAUAACAUAUUUUAUAUAGUGAACUUAUUGCACCA